GUACCAUAGCAGCAGAGUGAAAUUCUCACUCAACAGGGGUGCAGCACUUAACGCCGCGCUAUGCCAACUCGGAUUUUAGCCUCAUGAUUUCCUAGCCCGCAUGAAACUGGGACAUUUGCCAAUGCGGACAAAUGCGUUACAUCGGAAGUUCAAUGGUAAAGGGCACCGCAUUGGCCUCGAGCAAUUUAUCCAGUUGACAAGUGACUUUUGACGUAGAUCACUUUGACACCUCCAUUGAACCACUGGUGGUUUUACCCAUUUGCUGACAUGACUCAUGGCCUGGAUCAGGCAAUCAUGCAUACCCCUGCUGUCUUUACACCGACAAACUAAUGGCCACAUAUCCAGAAGCCCAUGUCAUCCUGAAUACUCACGACGUGGAAGGGUGGCACCAGUCCAUGGUAGCCACGGUCCUUCGCUUCAUUCCGAUCGGCCUUCGUGGACGAUACUUCGGUAUACGGACAGGAUGGCGGCAGAGCUCUAUGAAUAUGAUAGAGCCCUGUGGUUCUAUUUUUGCAACGAGGAGAAAGGUGACAAGGUCAAGCAAGUGUUUAUGGAACACGAUAGGUACGUUCACAAAGUUGUGCCACCAGAGAGGUUGCUGGAGUUUCAUCGUCAGAAUGGGUGGAAGCCGCUCUGUCGGUUUCUGAACCUUAGAAAGUCACAGACUCCAUACCCUAUGAGAAAUGACUCUGGAGGAAGACAGGCGGCUAUGGACGAACUCUGGAGGAGAUGUGUACGGCGGGGUAUCAUGAAGAUCACUCCGUCGGUUAUUGCAGACUAGGGUUAUAGCUUGUGGUCAUGUUGCGUUCCCGACCACACUCUCACUUAGGAAAAGUUUUCCGAUGCAGCUGCCGUAAAGAGUACUCCAUUGAUCAUGUCAAC